CCUUAGGAAAAAAUGGAAGUAAAUAUAAACAUGUUCAUCUUCCACUGUCUGUUUUGGUGCUUUACAGAUGUGCCUGAACACGCAACCAAACUGCAUCGCCUGUCACAAAUUCACAUUAAAGAACAGGACCAAACUGAGGCUCAGUCACAGGAAGUCAAGAAGCUUUUUGAAGAAUACAACAAAAUGAUGUUCCUGCUGUCAAAGCAGUUCACCCAGUGGGAUGAGAGCCUGAGGACCAUGGAGGAGGCCAAAGGAAUCCGACCGGUGGAGUAGUUUCUGUAAACAGGAUUGGAUUCGAGGUGAAGAAGCCUGGACCACAGACAAAACUCUGUCCAACUUGUUUCUUAUUUUUCCUCCUGCAUCAGUUUAUGUUCAAAGAAACGCCUCAGACUGAUCCGCAAAUAAAUGAGAACAUUUUUGAUGAAUUAA